AUGAAGCCGGAGGAACGUAAGGGUCUGGCAGUGGCAUCAGAAGAAGAAAGCGCUGAAGUGAACAAGUGCUGGUCGAUUGGCGUAGACGAUGGAGGUAAAGAGCUUGUUGCCGAAGAUGACGCAACGAUGGCAACGAUCAAGCUCACGCAUAAGACUGUGAAGUAA